UCCGAUUCUCUCUGCCUUUGUUGGAUGAUAUGGAAAGAUGUGUUUACGAGUGUUGCCAUCGAUAUGGCUUGAGCUAUUGGCACUUUUUUUUUCAUUUUGAUGGCGCUGGAUGUCGAGAAACGCCCCCGCUCCUGCCAACAAAAGUGACUUUCUCGUCUUGGGAGCGCAUGUUUGAGGCACAUGAGCGCGCACCAGCGUCGUUCAAAUAAAUAGCCCCCUCCGGAACAUCCUUCUUUGAAACGCUCCCCGUGGUCAGUGUUGCGCUCCUGUUGUAUGGAGAACUUCCGCAGUGCCUUGAGCACGGAUGUUGAUAAACUUCAGGCCGUGGCGGGCGACGAGCCACGCCCUCAAGAUACCACGAGCACUUCGGGGAAAGUUCUCCAUGCGCACGCCUUUGCACCCUCAAGUCGGAUCACAAGACCGGACGAGGUGUUCCAUCUACUGCCCUACGAUGCGUGUGUCCUAUAAGAAGGGCCUUGGACUGCUCGUGAUCAGUGGUUUCCUGCUGGUCGUGCUGUUAAAUAGCCGGAGUCCAGGAAGCGGCUUCGGAGUUGACCUACGGCCAGGAAGGAUCAAUGAAUUGGAGACUGCCAUCAUGGAGCAACUUCAAGACCGCUUGAAUGACUAUAAUGACAUUUCCUAUCACAUAAAAGACGAUGUAGCAUGUCGAUUGGCAAGAAAUACGUGUUUCUGUGUGGCUGAUAAGGAGACGUUUCAGCUGCCUUUCUCCAAUCUGUUCUUCCCGCGCAUAAAGGCUCAUAACCCGGGCCUGAAUUUUUUACAAUCCCAUCCUGACCCCGAGGGUGUGAAGCAGAGCCGAGCUCGAGAAUACAGCGGUGUUCAAAUGAGGUCCUCCAGUCCUGCAGAUGUGCUGAUUGUAAAUGAAGCUAACAGUCCUCUUCAGUUUCCCUCACAGGGUGUGGCAGUGCGGCCCCUCGGCACAAUCCUCAUACCAGGUUUGGGUCUUAUUGAGGAAACAACAUCAAACCAUACGGUAUAUUUGACUGCCACACUGGGGACUUUUGAUGUCGCUGCCACAGUGGAGAGGGUCUCGAUUAAAGGAGAAGGAAAGCCUCACAUGAUCCUCUCAAGCGCUUUUCUCUCCGCCCUGAACAGGCAGUUGCAGUUUAUCACCUAUACAAACACUGUAUUUCAUCCCAGGACCGCAGACACAGUUCAGUUUGCAACUCAAGGUCACAGCGCAUUCUUCACCAUAAAAAUUGGACAUUCCGCCAUCCCACGACUUUACAACUCAGGCUAUCCAAAAGAGACCAACAUUAGCGCUCUUGUUACCAUUGUGACCAAGACCUUUCUACGUUAUGACAAACUCAAAGAUCUCAUCGACAGCAUACGGCAAUAUUAUCCAACCGUCACCAUUGUGAUAGCAGAUGAUAAUGAGCAUCCUCAGCAAGUAACCGGACCUCAUAUUGAGCAAUUCAUUAUGCCAUUCAAAAAAGGUUGGUUUGCUGGGCGAAAUUUGGCAGUGUCUCAGGUGACCACCAAAUAUGUGCUUUGGGUGGACGAUGACUUCAUCUUCAAAGCAGACACCAGGUUGGAGAAGAUGGUGGACAUUCUUGAGAGGACCAGUCUGGAUCUGGUUGGGGGUGCGGUUCGAGAGGCAACAGGUUGGACUUCAACCUUCCGUCACACCAUUUCAGUGGAAACAGGGGGAGAAGAUGGCGACUGUAUACAUAUUCGGCGCGGCUACCAUCAUGUCAUUAAGGAAUUUCCCAACUGUGUGGUUACCGAUGCUGUUAUCAACUUCUUCAUGGGGAGAACUGACAAAGUACAGCAGGUGGGCUUUAACCCUCGCCUGGCUCGCCGCGGCCAUCUGGAGUUCUUCAUUGACGGGCUGGGCUCUCUUCACAUUGGCUCCUGCAAUGACGUGGUUAUAAACCAUGCGUCAAAGAUUAAACUGCCGUGGAGUGGAACAAAAUCUGAAAAGGCCUAUAAACAAUUUCGAUACGCUCAAGAAAGUGACCUUCAUGAUGAAACCUUUUACUUCACAAACAGGUUCAAAUGCAUGACCUCACAUUCAUGACGUCUGCCCUCCCUUUUCAUACCAAUUGCAAUGUGAUUAUGUUUGUAUUUAUGUAUUUAUUGUUGUCUCUGCCAAAUCAUGUUGUUUUUUUUUUUAAGUGGAAACGUAUCUCAUUGGUAUUACAACAAUGUUAAUGUCCUGUUUGUCCUCUUGAACAUCACCUAUGGUAGGGAAAAUGUAUCCUUUAAGUUUAAAGACAUUUGUGUGCAGUGAAAAAAAUGGUGUGUUGAAUUUACUCUUCUUGUAUUUUAUCAAGUGGUUGCAUUCACAGAAUCACUUGGAUUCAGAUACAUUGUUUUUAGUAGGUGUACAGUAUAAUCCACUUAAAAAUCGGACCCAGAUGACUUUACUGAACGCAGCCACUUGACGAAAUUAA